AUGUCCGAAUUCGUCAACGUGCCCGAGUUCUUCUCCAGCGUCUACCUGGUUGACUUUUCGCCUUCGCUCUGCGAAGUCGCCCGCAAGCGGUUCGCCCGUCUCGGAUGGACCAACGUCAAGGUCGUCUGCGAGGAUGCGAGGAAGUUCCGCCUCGAGGACUAUGAAAAUGGUUCCUCGGGUGGCCGGACCAGCCCGACUCGCUCGUCCACCAGCUACUUCGAGCCCCGGCCCGACCACGGUGGUGCAGACUUGCUCACCAUGUCGUACAGCCUCUCGAUGAUUCCCGAUUACUACUCUGUCAUCGACUCGCUCAUGUCGCUUCUCUCGCCCCAUGGCAUCAUGGGUGUUGUUGACUUUUACGUCCAGUCCAAGGUUGACGUCAGCUUCCGCAACCACACCGGCGGAAUGGUUGGCCGCCAUGUCAACUACCUCGGACGCACCUUCUGGCGCGCAUGGUUCGAUCUCGACCGGGUUUCCCUCGAGCCUGGUCGCCGGGAUUACCUGGAAUACCGCCUGGGAACCGUCCUCACCGCUAAUCUGCGCAACAACACUCUGGGCUCCAUCCCUUACUACAUCUGGCUGGGAUGCCACAAGAAGCCCUUCUCCUCGUCCAGCCUGCCCCACGAGAUCGUCGAGCGCAUCGAUGCCCUGGCAACUGAGUCUCCUUACCUUUUCCCGGCGAACAAGCCCAAGGGAACCGACGCUCUGACCCGCGCCGUCGAGAGGACGGCGCCCGAGCUUCGGUCCAAGGCGUUCGAUGCCGCCGUUGGAAACCUGUCAGCCAACCUGCCUCUCCCGUCGUUCUUCUACCAGAACCACCACUGGCGGAUCUACUACGAUGACCAGCUCGAGAAGCACACGCAGUUCAACGACGAGUACAUCUACGCCUUUACGUGGGAGGACUCCAAGGUGGACGCGACCCUGCUGAACCUGGGGCCCGAGGACGUCGUGCUCGCCAUCACCAGCGCCGGCGACAACAUCCUCUCGUACGCCAUGCAGAGCCCGGCCCGGAUCCACGCCAUCGAUCUCAACCCCAGCCAGAACCAUCUGCUCGAGCUCAAGGUCGCCUCCUUCACCGCGCUGCCCUACGAAGACUUCUGGAAGAUCUUCGGCGAGGGCAAGCACGCCGACUUCCGGUCCCUGCUCCUGUCCAAGCUGUCCCCGCACCUGUCCAGCCGCGCGUUCCAGUACUGGCUCGACAACGCCAGCAUCUUCACCAAGCCCAACGGCCGCGGCCUGUACGACACGGGCGGCAGCAAGCACGCGAUCCGCGUGUUCCGGUGGAUCUCGCGCAUCUUCGCGUGCCGGCAGGCCGUGCAGGAGCUGCUCGCGGCCAAGACGCUGGAGGAGCAGCGGCGGAUCUGGCAGUCCAAGAUCCGCCCCGCGCUGCUCAGCCCGCUCGUCAGCAACAUCGUCGUCAGCUCCGAGGCCUUCCUCUGGGCGGCGCUGGGCGUGCCCAAGAACCAGCUCGCCAUGAUCGAGGCCGACCACGCCACCAGCCUCGCCGUCACCGGCCCGUCCCCCACCGCCAAGAACACCCGCGCCCACGCCAUCUGGCACUACAUGGUCAACACCCUGGACCCGGUCAUCGAGACGACGCACAUCGCCACCGACAACCCGUACUACCACGUGUGCCUGACGGGCGACUUCUCCCCGCAGUGCCACCCGGACUACCUCUCCCCCGAAGCACACGCGGGGCUCAGCCAGCCGGGCGCGCUCGACGGACUGCGGAUCCACACGGACGAGAUCGACGAGGUGAUUGCGCGCAUCAGCCCGGGCACGCUGACGGUGGCGAUCGUGAUGGACAGCAUGGACUGGUUCACGCCCGAGGCGCCCACCGCCGCGGCGCAGAUCCGCAAGCUCAACCGCGCGCUCCGCACGGGCGGCCGCGUCCUCCUCCGCAGCUCCGCCCGCGAGCCCUGGUACAUCCGCGAGUUCGAGGCCCACGGCUUCGUCGGCAAGCAGGUCGGCGACCGCGAGCCGGGCCGCUGCAUCGAUCGUGUUAACAUGUAUGCGAGCUGCUGGCUGUGCGAGAAGGUCGAGAACCUGCCGCCGCCGACGCCUGGUUUGGAGGUCGAGACGGGCCAGGCGCUGGGCGAGGAUUUGCUGCGGCUGUGA